GCUGGGCCUUACGUCGCGUUAAACCACCUCGUGUACUCUUCCAAAAACUACCCAAGUUUCAAACAUUAUCCCAGGCCCGUUCAACAAUAUCGAAUUAAUAACGGGCCUGGUUCAAGAAUCUAGAGGAGAAAAGUGCGAAAUCUUCGAAUCUGUUUUGGGCCUUGUGGUACGGUGUUCUGCGAUACGGCGAGGCACCGGCUAGCGCGGGUUUAUUGCGUUAGGUGAAGUGAGAUUCCGUCGAUACUGUUCAGGUUUUUCCUCCCUGUUGUGCUUGCCUGCACAGUCGCGUUGUGAUUCUAUAUCUCUCGAAUAUAAUCUUAAAGAAGAUUAGUGCCAGCGAACCACAGAGGUGGUUCUUGGAAAUCAAGAUAAAAGAAAGGCAUUAAAAAUACAAACAUGUGGAGAUGAAGAGUCAAAGGGGUUUGACAAAUACGAGUUCAAAACACGGCUCCGUUCGCAAGUAGGCACGUGAGUUCUGCAGACUGACUGAAACUGCAAGCAUCGAGAGGUCAUCGCUCGUCUUCUCCCGCUGGAAUGAUCACGAUGAAGCCAGUGUUACACUCACUAUGACCAAACCACACGUGUGGAUAGCUACAAACACAAGUAUCUCCAAAGAAGAAGCAAUUCCAAACAGAAGAAUUGGGGUAUUACUUACUUACUCUGGAUUAUAAGGUGAUUGUGAUCGUGUGGUGAUGCUUGUGGAUUGUGGACGUGAUAGGUGAUGCUAGGAAACGCGAGCUGGAUUAAGAGGCUUGAUAUACCGUGAAGUUUCGUGAACCUUGUUCGUAAACCUGUGUAGUGAAUUUGCCGCGUCUUCAAUUUCCUCCAGAAAUGGAAAGGUCAAGAUAGUACGAAAAGAAAAAAGUGGCGGAGGAGGAGGAGGAUGCCCAGGAUGCGACCGGCACGGGUCCUGCUGCUGCUCCUCGUCCUGGGAGUGUUUCAAGCCCCAGGCACGAGAUCAGAGUCAGUACAGAAUCUCGAGGUCUCGGAAAACGCACCCCCGGGUACGAGAGUAGGUUACAUUGAUGCUGAUAGUCCACCUUAUCUAAUUGUCCCGGUCCCCGGAUCAGCCGUGGAUGCCGACUUGAUAGUGGACCACGCGACAGGCGAGAUAAGAACCAGAGUCCCAUUGGAUCGCGAAACUAGACCAUCAUACAGCUUGGUCGCCUUACCCCAGAAUGUCCGGGUGGUCAUCAAAGUCAUUGAUGAAAAUGACAACGCACCAACUUUUCCAGUCGAACAGGUGGACGUUGAAUUUCCCGAGAAUUCUCCACGCGACGCAAAACGAGCUCUACCACCUGCCAAAGACCCCGACUUGGGUCAAUACUCUACACAACGAUACGAGAUCGUCUCUGGGAAUUAUGGAGACAUGUUCCGGCUCUCUCAACACCGGGGUCGCGAUGGAGUAUUGUAUCUGGAUCUUCAGAACUCAGGAUCCCUUGAUCGAGAGGCUCGUUCCUGGUAUCGACUCGUGAUAGAAGCCCUCGACGGUGGAGCACCACCUUUAAGAUCUCGUCUACGUGUCAACGUCACCGUACAAGAUGUCAACGACAAUCCGCCGAUCUUCAAUCAGACUCGCUACACUGCGAGUGUACCAGAGAACGCUACCGUCGGCACUCCGAUUCUCAUAGUGAAUGCCACCGACUUGGACGCUGGUGACAAUUGCAAGAUCGAGUACUCCAUCAAUCGUCGUCAAUCGGACCGGGAGGAGAUGUUCCGCGUGGAUCCGGAAACGGGGAUGGUCUAUGUGAACAAGCCCCUCGACUUCGAGUCCAAGGAGCGACACGAACUAGUAAUCGUCGCUAGAGAUCGCGGUGCCCAGCCGCUGGAGGCGAGCACCUUCGUGUCCGUCCAUGUCACUGACGUGAACGACAAUCAGCCAGCGAUCACGGUCAUUUUCCUGUCAGACGACGCUACUCCAAAGAUCAGCGAGAGCGCCCAGCCGGGAGAAUUUGUGGCCAGGAUCUCGGUCAGCGAUCCCGACUCAAGGACCGAAUACUCGAAUGCAACCGUCACUCUCUCUGGCGGCGACGGACACUUCGGGCUGACGACCCGUGACAACAUCAUCUACCGGGUGGUUGUGGAAAGGCCACUAGACCGGGAAGAGAAGCCAGUUUAUGACCUCUUGGUAGAAGCUACGGAUGCUGGAACUCCUCCGCUCAGGGCGGUUAGAACCUUCAGGCUAAUUGUGACCGACGUGAAUGAUAACGCGCCAAAGUUUCUCCAGGAGCGUUACGAAGCUCAUCUCCUGGAGGCGUCUGAACCAGGAACCUCAGUCUUACGCGUGACUGCUACUGAUCUAGAUGAGGGUGCCAACUCGGUUAUCAAGUACAGUUUGAUAAACUCGACGUGGUUUGCGAUAGACGAGAGUACAGGGUUGAUUAGUACGGUCACUCACGUGGACUGUGAGGCUGAUCCGGCACCAACAUUGAUUGUUAUUGCCACCGACUCGGGUCGUCCACCUCUUAGUAGUAGUGCUACAAUUCGUGUGACAGUGCAUGAUCUUAAUGACAAUGAACCCAUCUUCGAAAAGCCAUUGUACAACGCGACGGUGCCUGAGGAUCUACCGGUCGGACACUGUUUUCUCAAGGUACAAGCCACGGAUCCGGAUUGUGGAGUGAAUGCUAUGGUCAACUACACCUUGGUGGCGAGCAAACUUGCUAGUGAACAGCUUCUGGUGCGAAGUGACACUGGAGAGAUUUGUGUCAAAUCUCCACUUGAUCGAGAAUCUGCUUCUUAUCUGGAAUUACCUGUUAUUGCUACCGAUAGAGGAGGCUUGAGUACAACAGCAAUCGUGAGAGUCCAGAUAACAGACGUGAAUGAUAAUAGACCGAUUUUUAAUCCGAGGAGUUACAAUGUGACCUUGAAGAAUACAGAGACGAUCAGUGGAGCAAUUUUGAGAGUCGCGGCAACAGAUCAAGAUGCUGACCAUGGUCAGGUUGCCUUCUGGAUAUCAGGUGGCAACGAAGUUGGAAUCUUUCGUAUAGACAGGAGCACUGGAGAGAUUCAUGUGGUCCGACCGAAUCUUCUGACGAAGUCGUCAGUGCAUCAGCUAAACGUGACCGCAACUGACGCGGCGGGUCUAAAGAGCUCGAUUGAUGCUGAAGUCAAAAUCACAGCAUCAUCUGCUAGUCACAGAUUGGCAAUAUGCGAUAGGCCGAGAUACACCUUUAUAGUUAAGGAGAAUGUUGCUCAAAACACAGUUGUUGGGACGAUCAAAGACACUGGAGCUUCAAAUGGGGGUGAAAGAUCGACCCGAUUUUAUCUAGUCACAGAUGAACCAGAUUUAUCUAUAGAUUCAAACUCAGGGAUGCUGCGAACCAGACAACCUCUGGAUAGAGAGGCCCGGGAUAAAUAUAUCCUGAGCAUUGAGGCCCGAGAUGGACUCUCGGUGGGGUACUGUCAGAUCGAGUUGACAGUGGAGGAUGUGAACGACAACCCUCCAUCCUUUCCAACCAACUCCGCCCGAAUAUCCGUUCCGGAAUCUCAUCCAUUACACACGCCCUUGUACGUAGCCCAUGCUUCGGAUCCAGACCUGACACCGUCGUCCCCGAUUCGCUACAUCCUGGCACAGAACAGCAACGACCUCUUCGGGAUCGAUGCUCGCCUUGGCGAGUUGUACCUUGCACGCAGAUUGGAUUACGAGACCCAGCAGAGGCACAGCCUCUUGAUAAGUGCUCUGGAUGGCGCAGGCCUCUCAGCAAACCUGAGCCUCAGCGUCGAGGUGCAGGACGUGAAUGACAACCCCCCAGUGUUCGAGAGAAAUGAGUAUCACGUAGAAGUUCCCGAAGGCGCCAGGCUCGAUUCACAGAUCUUGCAAGUAACGGCAGUUGAUCUUGACACCGGAAAUAACGCCAGGUUGAGUUAUCGUCUCCAAGGUUCUCCAGCUUUUCGCAUCAGUUCAAACACAGGUUGGAUCUUCCUGGCCCAAAAACUGGAUCGAGAAAUGAUAGAUCGAUACGCUCUCACUGUUUUGGCAACUGAUAAUGGUUCUCCGGCUGCAACUGCGAGUGCUUCGGUUCUAAUUACAGUUUUGGAUGACAACGACAACGAACCCCGAUUCGAAAAAGACUUUUACGUAUUCGAGCUUUUAGAGAAUUUGCCUUCUGGUACUUUAGUGGGUUCUGUAGCAGCUUCUGAUCCUGAUCUUGGUAAAAAUGCCUUGUUGAGGUAUGCGGUCGUCCAAGCCAACAGCAGCUUCACUGUCGAUCCAGAUACAGGUGAAGUUGCAACAAGAGAACCACUGGAUCGGGAGUCAAAAGGAGUUCACGAAUUAGUUUUGGAAGCUCGUGAUCAGGGAACUCCAUCAAGAGCAGCGCGAGUUCCUCUAAAAAUUACUGUUCUCGAUGUGAACGACAAUUCUCCCGAGAUUGUUGAUCCCCAAGGUGAUGUUGUGAGCGUACGAGAAGAGCAGCCAUCUGGAACUGAAGUAGCGAGGGUUCGAGCUCUGGAUUCCGAUCUCGGAGAAAAUGCCUCUGUCACUUAUACAAUUCUCAAAGAUCGAGACUCGGACGGAUACAAUGUCUUCACUAUCGACCCUAUCACUGGAAUGAUCAGAACGAAAGCAGUUCUCGAUCACGAGGAACGUAACGUCUACCGAUUGUCCGUGAGAGCAAGCGACGCUGGGCGUCCACAACGUCACAGUGUUCGAGCUCUUCGAGUCGAAGUUCUAGCCUUGGCGGAUAAUCGACCGACCUUUACAAGCAGCAGUCUCACCUUUAACGUACGUGAGGAUGCAAGUAUAGGAAGCGCAGUCGGCUCCGUUUCAGGAGCCGGACCCGCGGGUCGAGUCGCCUAUAAUCUCAAUUCCCUAACUCCCGUGACAGACUAUCCAGCCUUCGAUGUAGACCGCAGUUCCGGACAAUUAGUUGUUGCGCAUUCCCUUGAUCGCGAAAACACGAGCGAGUACCAUUUGGAAAUUCGAGCCCUGGACACGACUUCCAUCGGAAAUCCGCAGAGUAUUGCAGUUUCGGUGAAAAUCAUCAUUGAAGACGCAAACGAUAAUGCCCCGCGUUGGCUCCAGGAUCCGAUCACAGUGAGGGUAUCGGAGCGGACGAUGAUCGGUUCGACAAUCUACAAUCUUACCGCCACUGACCUCGACAGCGGUCCUAAUGGAGACUUGAGAUACGGUCUUGUCGCGGAAUUCCCACCGAGCGGAAGCUUCUCCGUGGAUUCUUUGACCGGGGCACUGACCCUUGCGAAAUCGUUGGACCGGGAAGAAAGGGCGGAGUACACUUUGAUUCUUGAAGCAGCUGAUCGGGCGCCUCCUGGUGAACAACUCGCUUCGACUGUUACUGCCAGGAUUGUUGUUAUUGAUCAAAACGACAAUGAUCCUGUUUUUGUGGCUCCGGAGAGGACGAGGGUCACUGUCACUCCUGAUCUUCUGCCUGGUGCUGUUCUUGUUCGAAUCGUAGCUGUUGACAAGGACGCGGACGACAAUGGUCGAGUUUCCUACGUGAUUACUUCCGGAAAUGAAGAGGGUAGGUUCUCUGUUGGUUACGAUUCAGGUUUGGUCACCUUAGUGAAGCCAAUGGUUCGACCUCUUGAACUCGAAAUCACUGCCAACGAUCAUGGCUCACCACCUAGAAAAGCAACCCUGAAGUUGUCCUUGAAUCUGGCUUUUGGUCAGACGAGUGGACCGCCAAGACUUUUGCUCUCCAAUCCAAUGGCAAGAAUUUCCGAACGACUGCAAGUUGGAUCUGCUGUGCUAAAUGUUGCUGGACCUGCAAUCACCGAUCAAGGCAAUGUUACCUUCAGUAUUCCGAAAGGCGUGGCUUCUGACAAGUUCCUUGUCUCAUCCAGUGGUGUUGUGACUCUUCGCUCUCCACUUGACAGAGAAGACAUUUCUCAUUACUCUGUACCAGUGCUCGCCAGAUCAAGCAAGUUGCUCGAUAUGACAACUCUAGAUGUAGUUGUUCUUGACGAAAAUGACAACAAUCCAGAGUUUAAAUCGGGAUCCUGCUAUAGAUUGCAAGUACCUGAAAAUCAAGAAGCUGCUGCUAUCCACACCAUCGCAGCCGUUGAUGCAGACGAGGGAAAAAAUGGGGAAAUAUUCUACAGCAUUAUUGGUGGAAAUGUUGGAGCGAAGUUCAGACUCGACCAUACAACAGGUGUCCUUUCAAUGUCUAGUCUUGAUCGAGAGACAGUUCCAAAGUACAUCCUGACAAUAUCUGCCAAAGACAAGGGUCGACCAAGCCUUGAAACGAGAUGCAAUCUGACAGUGAUUGUACUUGAUGUUAAUGACAACGCGCCCUCAUUUGUUCAAAACCAAUACAGCGAUUCGAGACCACGAAUGGGACAACUGAAUCAGGAAGGUGGCCAAUUUGGUCAAAGUGCUUUUAAUCCAUAUGGAUCGGCCAAUUAUCAUCCGGGGAAAUAUUUCACUACUAUUUCCGAAGACAUUCCUCCUGAUUCAAGUGUCAUGCAGGUCAAGGCUUCUGAUCCUGAUAAGGGUGAUAAUGGCAAGGUCACUUACGCCAUCGCUGAUGAGACGACCUGGCUCUUCAGGGUUGACAACCUCACUGGUGUCAUCACUACCUCCGGAGCGCUGGAUCGGGAACGUCAGAGCAGCUACAAUUUCCUAGUGGUGGCGACUGAUGGUGGCAAGGAUGACGCUAAGCGAACUUUGAUUCCAGUGGAAAUAAACAUCAGUGACAUCAACGACAACGCACCUGUCUUUGAAGUAUACCCAUUCGAAGCGAGAGUGCCAAUGGCAACUCAGCCCGGCCAAAAUGUUAUCAAAAUUAAAGCAACUGAUGCUGAUCAUGGUCCCAAUGGAGAAAUUGUUUAUACCUUUUUGAGGGAACAAGAUAAGCCAAAAUUCCGAAUUCAUCCGAGCACUGGAGUCGUCACUGCGACUUCUUCACUCGCGCAAGAAAAUGGCAAGAUUUACCACCUAGAAGUGCUAGCUAGAGACAAAGGAAAUCCUCCACUGAGUGCGCGGGGAUUGAUUAAAAUUCGUGUCGGUGAUCUUGGAGAGAUGACGCCCGUACUUAAGUUUCAAAACGACACCUACGAAGUCAUUGUUCAGGAAAACUCUUCAAAGGGUACCGAAGUCCUUCAAGUCACCGCGGUUCGGUCCGAUGGACGACGUCAGCGGAUUUCCUACUCGAUUGGCACGGGCAAUGAUUUCCGGAGCUUUGAUAUUGACGAGGAUUCAGGCCUGAUUCGUGUCAACAACCCUGCGAGACUUGAUGCUGAACUUUGGAACGAUCUUAGCGUUUCCGAUAUAACAGCUGAUGUGGGAGAUGAACGAGCGGAAAAUUCUUGGGGCAGAUCCUUUGAUGGACAACAGGCGAAGGAGUCACCUAGGGAAAGUUCGAGACAUGUUCUGACUUUGGUGGCGAGAACUACGGGACCGGAACCUCUGGAAGCUUAUGCGAAACUCAUUGUGAGGGUUUCCGACAUCAAUGACAAUCCACCAAUUUUCACACAGAGUCAAUAUUCGGCUACGGUUUUGGAAGGAAAUAGUAAAGGCGAUUUCGUUGUUAAGCUGACAGCAAGUGAUGCUGAUCAAGGAUUGAAUAGCAGAAUCUUGUACCACAUUGUUGAUGGAAAUCCAGACAACGCUUUCACCAUAAAUCCACCGUACAGUGGUGUUGUGCGAACCAAUAUUGUUCUGGAUCGAGAAAUUCGCGAACAGUAUCGAUUGACAAUCAUCGCGACAGAUCAGGGCAAUCCUCAGUUAACUGGCACAACUGCACUCAGCGUCCGAGUGAUAGACGUCAACGACAAUCAGCCCACCUUUCCAUCAUCGCCCGAUAGUGUCAUUUCCGUUUCUGAAGGUACCCCAAUUGGGUCAGUGCUUGCAGAGAUCACCGCCAACGAUGUCGACAGUUCACCGGUCUUGACUUAUCGUUUUGGCAACAUCUCGGAUCCAGGACCUUUCAGUAUAGAUCGAUACGGUGGUCGAGUUGUUUUGAGAGACACUCUUGAUGCUGAAACUCGUUCGGAAUACACCCUGAAAGUUAUAGCAAGUGAUAGUAUUCACGAGGCUACAACGGACCUGACAGUUCGUGUGACGGAUCUUAAUGACAACGCUCCCCAGUUUUUGCAAGCUGCUUAUGUCGCCACUGUUUCUGAAGACCAUGCGGAAGUCCAGGAGAUUUUGACUGUGAAUGCAACAGACGACGAUCUCACGGAGGAUAAUUCUAGAAUCCAUUACCGUCUUAUGCAAGCCAGGAAAGGAUUCACCGUGCACCCAACAAGUGGAGGAGUAACUGUUAACAGAACAGCUAUACCGAAGCCUCUUCCGAAGGAAGUAGAACUCAUCAUCGUUGCAGAAGAUUCAGGAAAACCAACUCUAAUGGGCGUUUGUUCAGUAGUCUUGAGACUUGGAAGUUUGAAACGAACUCUACCCGGCAGAGACUACAAACUGACGAUCAAGGAAAAUGCACCCAGAGGAACAACCUUGAUGACACUUUCAGAAGUAGAUUUACUGGAUGGAGAUAUCAUAGCAGGCGAUGAAAAUGGCGUCUUUGAAAUAUCAAGAGGUACUCUGAUUCUUGGGAAGAGUUUGGAUCGUGAGAGGAAAGAAAGGUUCGUCUUAAGAUUAGGACCGAAAGAUGAGAACUCGACAACUGGUUCCCUAGUUGGCGAUGAACCAGUGACUGUAGUAAUAACCGUCGAUGACAUCAACGACAAUUAUCCUCGGUUUUUGGAAGAUCUUCACCAAGUUUCGAUCAGAGAAGAUGCCGUCAUUGGAAGCAUAGUCGCGAUCCUAAAAGCCACAGAUGAUGAUCUUGCUGGCAGUCCUGCGGCAAAUAUAGUCUACAACAUCACUUCAGGAAAUGACUUGGGUCUCUUUAAAAUUGACAACGCCACAGGUGCGGUACAAGUGAACAAUAGUCUGGAUUGUGAUUUAGGAUCAGAAUUCCACAACCUCGUCGUGAUGGCUUGCGACAGCGAUCCAAUCUCUCCACUUUGCUCUUUGGCUCGUCUUCGCAUACACCUCGAAGACGUGAACGAUAAUUCUCCAAAGUUCCCAGUAUCCGAGUAUCUAGAAUUCGUCGGUGAGAACGAACCGAUCGGCACGAGUAUCUUCACAGCGAGAGCUUCAGAUUUAGAUCGUGGUAUCUUUGGAACUCUAAACUAUUCCAUCACGUCAGCGGCUGCGACAGGAUUUUCUGAUAUCGACGACAGCUGGAGGCUAUUUUCAGUCGAUGCAAAAUCCGGAGCGGUAACUACUAGAGCUGUUUUUGAUUACGAACAACGGAAUCGCUAUGCCUUUGCUUUGAGAGCUACCGAUGCUGGAGGACGAAUCGCCACGGUUCGAGUUCGAGUUGAGAUUGAUUCUAGAGAUGAGUUUUAUCCGCAGUUUACUGAACGGAUGUAUAGAUUUGGAAUUAGAAGUGGCGCGCAAAUUCUGGCGGGCACUGUUAUUGGAUACGUUACUGCAACUGAUCGAGACAAGGGCCCAGAUGGAAGAGUCGUUUAUCAAUUGACUUCUCAGCAUCCGUAUUUUAAACUGAACAGAACAACCGGUGCUUUGAUUGUCAAGCAGAAACUCAUGCACACGAAUAUAGACGUGGAAGGAUCCUCGAGAUUGGUUGUGAGCGCCAGUUCUGGUCGACAAGGCUCCCUCUCCAACAUGACAGUAGUGGAGGUGACAGUUGUGGACAAUGACGAUUUCAUGAUAGCGAGAGGAGCUUCUCUGACGCCAACGAAUCUUGGCACCAACAUGGCUGUUGCAACUUCCAAUGGCUUAGCCGACUGGGCCCUAGGGCUUUUGAUCGCUCUUCUCCUACUCGUCCUCGCUUUCGGUUCCAUCUUCCUCUAUCUUCAUAUCAGAAAUCGUCGACACAAAAAACCCGGAACAAAGCCCGGAUUAAAUGGCGACAGCAACGCAGCAGCUUCUAACAGUUACGUGGAUCCCAGUGCCUUUGAUACCAUUCCGAUCAGAAGUGUUGCUGGAGGUGGCAACACAGGAAACUCUUGUUCGGUUACGGAAAGAGGUGAAAGAACCUCCUGUCAGUUCGCUCCUCCCAAAUACGAUGAAAUUCCCUCCUACGGAACGUCUGGCCAAUCCGCUCAACAACAAGCGACGUCGGAAAUAUCCGGGAGUGACCAGUCGGGUUCCUCGGGUCGGGGAUCUGCAGAGGACGAUGGCGAGGAUGAGGAGAUUAGAAUGAUCAACGAGGGCAAUCCGGGAGAUUCAGCCAGUGAUUUAUCAGUUCACAAUACUCAAGAAUACUUAGCGAGGCUGGGAAUUGUCGACCCGCCUGUUGGCACUCCUAGGAGACCUCCAGAGGCUCUUCCUUUGGAUAGUCUUCACCUUUUUGAGGAUGAGACAGCGACUGAAGCAGACAUUGCUACCCUGAUCUACGGGAAAAUUGGGGAUCCGAGUAGACCAACCUCUGGACUCGAGGUCCCGGGUGGUGGACCCUCGAUGAACGGAUCUCUGAGCUCGAUAGUCCACAGUGAAGAGGAACUGACGGGCUCUUACAACUGGGACUACCUGCUGGACUGGGGUCCUCAGUAUCAACCACUUGCUCAUGUUUUUAGUGAAAUUGCGAGACUGAAAGACGAUGCGGCUAGUGUUCAAAGUGGGAAUUCGGGCAGCAGUGGGAAAGCAAAAUCUGUACAUAAAGCUCCACCGCCUCCGUUGCUCACUUCCGUUGCUCCAAGGUCACUUGCAGCUCCUGCCCUGGCGAGAGGCAUCUUGCCAAGGUCACCCAUUAGUCACGAUGCCUCCACCUUUCCCUCAGCAGCGCUAAGUCCUAGUUUCUCCCCCUCGUUAUCGCCUCUAGCGACGAGGAGUCCUAGCAUCAGCCCUCUAGUGCCACCCGCGACGCAAAGGAAUAGUCAAGGUCCUCCGAGGGGGAUUCCAGUCACCGAUGCGGAGCUUAGAAUCUGAUAGGUUGCCAAUUUUCUCGUAUGGUUUUGCCGCUGUGUGACUGAAAUCUUGUCAAUGCUGGGUAGAAAAUACUUUAAAAAGAAAUAUAGAGUCGGAUUUAGGUCGGUAGAUCUUAAAUCUGUACCUACUGAUCAUUAUUUUCAUUACUUUCGAUUUUGCCGACAUCUGUCCGUGGUGUUUCUGCAGUAAUAAAAGUGAUUACCAGUAGACUAACGAAAUUAAAAUAUCUGUCACGUUCUCGAUUUUGUAUUGGUACCCAGCUCUGAUCCUCAGGCUGAAUCCUUAGGAACUAUUUUAAGUAAAUUAAUGUGAUAAAAUGUUUCUACUAGAAGGAGAGAGAUUGAGAGACAUCAUGUCAAACGCGAUACUUCGUGAGAGUUAGGGAAUAUUCAUAAACUAC